CCGUUUUAUAAAAUGAUAUAGGAACAUAAAGUGUGCCGAAAUGUGAAAAUAUGCGUUGCUUUGGUUUUAAACUAGUUUGAAAUUGAAUUAAUAGUAAUUUAUUAUCAAGUAAUAUUCUGUCGUCUGCUUCACGAAGAGUAUGGUGCUGCCUCUAUUAUGUUUAUGCCAACUUGCAGGUUCGACGGAGAAGUAGAAAAUGGGGGAGUAGUGGCAGUUGUAAAGUGUUGGAUUAGGUUCACGGUGCUCAGAGAAGCUUAUUCAUGGUAAAUAAAGGAAAUUGGUUAUGUGGUAGUUUGUAACGCUUCAUGGUUUAAAAUGGGGUGUACUUUAAAUUGAAGUGUUCAUUUUGAGUGCAUAUUAUCCCCCACUGAGAAUUUUGUAUUCGAGCCCAGGCCCAAAGCAGUUAACGAUACAACAUUUCUGAAACACAUGAAUUACAUCGCCGGGAUUUACAAGUUCUAAAUCAUACACCGUUGUGUUGGACUUGACAACAAAAGUGAGGGACAAUGCAUGCUCAGACUGCAGCAGAAGGAGGCAAUCGUGCAGAAGAUACCGAUUUUUAUUUUGCUGAAGAGACUGCACCAAGUGCAGGAUUUGGCGAAUUUCAGGUAGAAAUACCAGGCACCAUGUGGCUCUGUAGUCCCUAGGAGGGAAAGUGUGCCACUCUGUCAACAUGGGUGGAGCGCUGAGUAAUUUCUUCCAAUCAGGAAGUGCACUUCUCUCAGCUGGUAAUCAUCGUGGUGUCUCAGAACACACCCGCAGUAAAGUGCGCAUCAUAUUUGAUGCUCUCCGGGCCAAUCCUAGAGUUACUGUUCAGAGGCUGGAAGGUUUGCUGUCACAGAUACCGAAAAAUGAAAACAUCCUGUUAGUCCAUAAUGAAGAAGGCUAUAACCUACUCCAGAAAUGUGUGGGAAUUAACAAUGUGGAGAUGGUUCGGUGGAUCCUGUCCCGUAAUCCAGAUGUGAACAGAGGUGCAUGCUCUUUACCACUACAUAUUGCAAGCCUCAAAGGGUAUGAUGAUUGUGUGGAAAUUCUGUUGAAAUAUGGAGCAAAGAUAGAUGUUGAGGCACGUAUGUGCUGGCCUGGUCCUCACAACCAGAACUGUGAGGAGAGAGGCAAAUACUGUGUCCAAGAUGAAUCCAUGGCUGACAGGUCGAGUGAUAAAUUGCAGAGUUCUCUUUUAUAUGCAAUUGAUGGUGAUCAGGUGGAUACCUUGGAACUGUUAAUGCGACAAGGAGAAGUCCACUGGUUACCAUGGCAACAGAAGCGACCCUUGUUGCAUAUUGCUUGUGAACGUGGGGCAUGGAAUUGUGUGAAGUUUCUGGUGUCUGAGAGGUCUGAAGAAAUUAAUCAGUGUUACGAUGAAUACUAUCCUAUCCACCAGGCGGCAUUACAUAACAUUAAGUUUCUUGAUCUUUUGAUAAGCUGUGGAGCAGAAACUAAGGUUCGUACUGCAACUCAGCAGAUGACAGUGCUGCAUAUAGUAUUCCUUAUUGGCCGAAAAUCUGCUGAGGAUACGCUUCAGACAUGCAAACUACUUCUGGAGCAUGGCCUUCGUGAGCUUAUCAAUGAACCUGAUUCUUUGGGAAACACUCCUUUGCAUGGCCUGAUUGUGAGAUAUGCUUUGGAAGAGGCCCGCUAUGGCUACGACCAUGAAAACCAGCCUUGGAACAAAUGGGAUGUCUUGCAUCUGGUGCGGUAUCUCCUGCAGAAUGGUGCCCGUCCUUCUAUAAAUCAACCUGGGAAUAGCGCACUUGCGUGUGUAUUGAGACAUGUUCAUGACUGGGAAUUCCGUUACGAAUUACUCAAUAUGUUGCUUCAGGAAGGAGGAAAUCCUGAUGUUGUUGGGCGAGAUGGAUCUGUACCGCUCAUGGUGUGUUUAGUACCACUUAUCAACAAGGAUCCACUUCAUCAUUUCACUCACACUAUGAAAGUUUGUUACCUGAACUGUGUAAGGAUUCUUUGUAAACAUGGUGCAAAUCCUAACUGCUCAUCUCGAAGCAAUCUCACUCCACUCCAUGUGCUGGUGUUCACUGCUAGUGAAAACAUUGCUCUUAACCGUGAAGAGGAGAAAGCUCAGAACUUUGAAUUCAUUCGCAGUCUUCUAGUACUGUUGUUACAGUAUGGUCUUGAUCCCAUUGUACGCUUCUCCCAGAGGACUCAACACAUCCUCCAAUCACUCAUGGAUAUGGUUCAGAAUGCACGGGGGCCAUCUGACCUCAAUCAUGUGUAUGAUCUGACGUUGACUUUAAUACAGUAUGGUGCAAAUCCAAAUAUAAAUAUUUCAACUUCAGAGUCAAUGACAAUAUGUCAUUCACAGUCAUCAGUGUUCUUGAAGAAGUCAUCAAACCAGAUUCUGUAUUAUUACGUAAUGUUGAUAUGUCGUAAAGAAGAACUUCUCCUGGAUCCACAGCAGAGAUUUGCACGUAUAAUAUGGCUUUAUUAUUUCUGCAUGAACCAUCAAGAGUUAUUUGCAUGUCUCAAGGUGCUAUAUACUCAGCAGACUGGUCUGGUACCAGUGCGUGGGAGUGCACUCUGUAAACUGGUGCGUGAACUAUAUGCACGACCAAGGACGCUCAAGCAGAUCUGCCGUGUAGCCAUAUAUGUUGCUUUAGGAAGACGCCCAGGAAUGCAUAUAAAUAAACUACCUUUACCCGCACAACUCAAAGAUUACAUACUCAAUUUUGAGCCAUAAAGUCAUUUAGAUCUUAGUUUAUAAUCACUGCAAUUCUCCCUCCUUCCUUUCUGCACACCUUAUAUUCUGUAAAAUGAAAUUUACUGUAUUGCAGUGCCACAGUACCUAAUGAUUCAGCCAUUUAUAGUCAUUUGUUCUUCUAUUAAAUUCUGUAAUAGAAGACCUUCAGAAAUAUGUGUAUAUUGUUAAGUAUAUAUAAUUAUGAAUCCUGUCAAAUUAAUAGAAAUAUGCUCUGGUUAUGCAGAAAGUUCAUAAACAAAAAUAUAAUGUAAAGUUUGUAAAGUGAAUUAAAAAAACAUACAGCAGUUAAGAUCUGAUGUACGAGUAUACACAUGCAGAGAAUUAAAUUAUGUACUACUUUGAGGGAUGAAAAUUUUAAUUUGUAAUUAUUUGUUGUUUGUUCAAGAGAAAAAUUGAUAAGCUGGAUAUGUUCCUAAAAUACAUAAGAGGUUUGACAAUAAAAUAUCCAGACUGACUCUAUAAAAGACAAAAAGUAUUUUGUCAGUAACCAUUAAUUUGUUUUUGCCUAUGAAAUACUUUCCUUCUGACAUCAUAUGCAUGUUUCAUGCCUGAACGCAUCACUGGAAAUUAUGCUAUGGAAGUCAUUCCAGUACAGCAGUCAAUUUUUUCUGAGAACCAUCAGUGAAAGUCUGAACUUAAAUUGAAUAACUGAAAUUUUCAAUAAUGGGAGCUUGUAAAAUUAACAAGAUACAAGAUUUGGGAAGGUGCAUUGCUAUGCUGCAAAAUAUGCUUUCUCCAAUCAUGGAUUUAGUACUUUUUGUUACUUUCACAUUGGAGAAUUAGCCAUUUUGUUCCUGGCUUAAAUUAGAAGACUAGGGUCUUGUGGGGAUUUCAAUAUGCACUGUCUUUGCCAGUGCUGCCACAUAUUGGACAGAACUCAUUCUGGUUAUUUUAUUGACAUAAUUACAAGUCCUUUUGUUUGGGAAUUCAUGCAUGCAAAAUUUUGAUGAAUUUGGAAGUCAUUGAUUUGGUUAGUGAUACUUGAACGGUCCACCACCCUUCUGUAGUACACAUAAGCACAUCUGAAUCCUUUAGAGCUCUGGCACAGAUAUUAUUCCUUGUUUGGAAUACAUUUUUUCCAUGUGUUACCAAGGGGUCUUUUGUUAAAAAUAAUUAUGCAACAACACAGAAGAGUCUCCCCCAAUGCAGAAUAGAAUUUGUAAGCCUAACAUUUUAAUUUAUGUUACAAAAAUAAAAUUAUUCUUUCUCUAAAGAAGAAAGCAGUCUUCUGGGAUGUCAU